UUACAUUUAAUUGUUGGUUUUUAAGGUUGCAAUAUGAUUUAAAUUAUUCAUGAAUAAUUGGAACCUUUAGUUAUUUUUUUUACAUUUAAUUCUUAGUUUUCAAGGUUGCGAUUUGAUUUGAAUUAUUCAUGAAUAAUUAGAUCUUUUUGUUGUUGUUUUUUUAAAUUUAAUUGUUAGUUUUCAAGGUUGCAAUUUGAUUUAAAUUAUUCAUAAAUAUUUAGAUCAUUUCGUUGUUAUUUUUUACUUUUAAUUGUUGUUUUUUAAGGUUGCAAUUUGAUUUAAAUUAUUCAUGAAUAAUUGGAACCUUUAGUUAUUUUUUUUACAUUUAAUUCUUAGUUUUCAAGGUUGCAAUUUGAUUUAAAUUACUCAUGAAUAAUUAGAUCAUUUUGUUGUUAAUUUUUUACAUUUAAUUCUUGUUUUUUAAGGUUGCAAUUUGAUUUAAAUUAUUCAUGAAUAAUUGGAACCUUUAGUUAUUUUUUUUACAUUUAAUUGUUACUUUUCAAGUUUGCAAUUUGAUUUAAAUUAUUCAUGAAUAAUUAGAUCCUUUUGUUGUUAAUUUUUUCAACAUGGCAAAAUCCUUUUCCUUAUCACAUUUUAAUUGUUUUCUUUUCUGAUCGUGCCCCAAAAUACUUGGUGAUUUUGUGACGCAGGCUAGUUUUUUUAUGUUAUUUUUAAAAAAAACAACUAACCUUGGGCCGCACUUUGGACACCUCUGUUUUAUAUAAAUGAUCUCUAAGGGACGUUUUGUGUUACAAACCCUGUUUCCAUAUGAGUUGGGAAAUUGUGUUAGUUGUAAAUAUAAACGGAUUACAAUGAUUUGCAAAUCAUUUUCAACCCAUAUUCAAUUGAAUGCACUACAAGGACAAGAUAUUUGAUGUUCAAACUCAUUAACUUAAUUUUUUUUUUUGCAAAUAAUAAUUAACUUAGAAUUUCAUGGCUGCAACAUGUGCCAAAGUAGUUGGGAAAGGGCAUGUUCACCACUGUUACAUCACCUUUUCUUUAGCCUGCACACUUAUGGGAUGUUCCAAAUCAGUAUUUUUUGCCACCUUUCUCAACUUAAAAAAAAAAAAUGUUUAUCAGAUUGAACAUCAAAUAUGUUGUCUUUGUAGCAUAUUCAACUGAAUAUGGGUUGAAAAUAAUUUGCAAAUCAUUGUAUUCCGUUUAUAUUUACAUCUAACACAAUUUCCCAACUCAUAUGGAAACGGGGUUUGUACAAAAACCAUUUAGUGUUGCCAGCGUGCGACUGUGACUCGCCACGACUUUAGGGAUACAGACUAUAGAAGUCUUGCUCACUAGACCUGGUUCACUGUAUUUAUUUGGGUCUUUCUAAUCACUGUAUUUUUUGGGGGUGAAUCUGUUACAUGACUAUGUUACUUACACACAUCCGCUUUUUCAUGCCUUAACAUUUUUUUUCCUGAGAGUGAAUAUUGCAGUUUUUGUUUUUUUUUCAACCCCGCAGUGUAGAAAACGAUGACGGCGCCUCUUCAAAUGGACUAAAUAUGUUUUUUUUCCCCUCUGGUGUGCGUUACCGUGUGCUGAUUUGGGUCAGAGGAGGCCGCCAGCUGGUUUCUAUGGCAACAUCACUGUUUUUGUCUUAAAAACGAAGCACAUUUGCCAAACCACGUCACUACAAUCUGUACAGGGGAUGGGAUGCCCACAGCAAGUGGGCUUUUAGUUGCCAGUCUGGAGGAGAGCAAACAUGCCUCGUGCGCUGCAUGCAGACGGGCCGUGACAGACGUGGUGAGAACUUCAAAAACCCUCCCUGGACGCCGAGAGGACGUUUUUCUAAAGGACAGCAGAGCGACUUCGCUCCAUUGAUGCGGCGUCGCUGGCGAGGUCUCAGCCCCUCAAGAGGUUCAUGGGAAAAUGCCGCGGAGGGUUAGGACCCGCGGGAAGAGGCUUCUCUCGGGCUGGAAAGGACUCUUCCGCGUUUAGCGACUUGGACUUCUAUCUGAGGUUCGGGCCGAGCAGGUGGUGAGGACGGGUCAGGGUGCGAGUCCGAGCGCUGGCGGGGCCGUCGCUAAGCUGGUAGAGGCGAGGUCUCCUCCCCCUCCUCGUCGAUGAGACUUCACAUUCGUCCACCAUGCUGGAAAACCCCGCCGCCUCUGCCCCUUACAUCGCUCUGGAGCUGCUGAUCGCCAUCUUCUCCGUGCUGGGCAACGUGCUGGUGUGUUGGGCCGUGUUCCUCAACAGCAACCUGCAGAGCCACACCAACUUCUUCGUGGUCUCGCUCGCCGUGGCCGACAUCGCGGUGGGCGUCCUCGCCAUUCCGUUCGCCAUCGUCCUCAGCGUGGGCUUCUGCUCCAACUUCUACGGAUGCCUCUUCAUCGCCUGUUUCGUGCUGGUCCUCACCCAGAGCUCCAUCUUCAGCCUGCUGGCCAUCGCCAUGGAUCGCUACAUCGCCAUCAAGCUACCGCUCAGGUACAACAGCCUGUUGACGGGCCGGAGGGCUCAGUGCAUCAUUGCCAUCUGCUGGUUUCUCUCCGUCAUCAUCGGCCUCACCCCCAUGAUGGGUUGGCACAAGUUCUCCCAGAAGGAAAACGCGGAGUGUCCGCCGGGCCUGAUGAAGUGUCUAUUUGAGAAGGUGGUCGUCAUGGAUUACAUGGUGUACUUUAACUUCUUCGCCUGCGUCUUGAUGCCCCUGCUACUGAUGCUGGCCAUCUACGUGUGUAUCUUCAUGGCCGCCCGUCACCAGCUCAAACUCAUGGAGGUCAAGGCGGCUCACGGGGAGAAGUCCAGCUCCACCCUCCAGAAGGAGGUCCAAGCCGCCAAGUCUCUGGCCAUUAUAGUGGGACUCUUUGCUGUGUGCUGGCUGCCGUUACACAUCAUCAACUGCUUCACCUUCUUCUGUCCCGAGUGUCCGCACGCUCCUCUCUGGAUCGUGUACGUGGCCAUCAUCCUGUCUCACGGCAACUCUGUGGUCAAUCCCUUCAUCUACGCCUACCGCAUCAGGGAAUUCCGGCAAACCUUCCGGAAAAUCAUCCUCCACCACAUCUUGGGCCGGCAGGAGGGGAUGGAACGACGCGGAAGCAAGCGCAACUCUCUUCGCAGCAGCAUCACUGACUCCAUCCGACUCAAGGCCAACGGCCUCAGGUUGGACCUUUUCACCCAGCAGGGGAGCAGCAGUAGCAACGUCUCCCAAAUCUCCUCUGGCUGCACUACUCACAUAUCCCCUGUAGGGGGAGACCCGUUGAUAGUAUCCCCAAUGCCCCUUCCUGUAUCUCAAGCAGAACCCAUUAGACCGACUGCAAUCGCCACCUGUCAUCGUCUGCAGUGUUUAAUGGGACCAAAAGGUGUGGAGGAACAGGAACCACAGAAGCAGAGCACCGCCUAAGCAGAACCACAGCUAACCGGCACAACAAGGAGAGCAGCUUGAGGGAACUGGCAAAAGUGUCUUAACACACACACACACACACACACACACCUACUGGUUAUCAUUUAGAAUGGGGACCAAGUGUUUGUUCGUGACUUGUGGGGACCACCCUUUCUACAGGUUGUGGAGGCAUACAAAAAAUUAGGUAAAAUGGCCACUGCCCAGUUAGCUCAUACACGUCUUUAAAUCUCUGGAUUGACAAAGUAAUGUGCUGAUCAGACUUACUGGGGACCCUGGGGGGAAAAAGAGUUAAUAUGGUUCCAUCCAUCCAUCCAUCUUCUUCCGCUUAUCCGAGGUCAGGUCGCGGGGGCAGCAGCCUAAGCAGGGAAGCCCAGACUUCCCUCUCCCCAGCCACUUCCCCCGGGAAGAGCUAGACGGUUCAUGGGGACCAAAUUUAAAUCCUGUUGCAUACUUCACACAAAUGUGUACGUGACUACUGAGGACCAUUAAAAAGUUGAAAUGUCUCACACUCAAACUAACCAGCAAAUGGGAAAAAAACGUAAAAAUCACUUGGGGCAUCUUCAGAAUGGAUCUGACUAUCAUUUAAAAAGGUGUCCCUUUAGGAGACUUGUUUUUUUGGUCCCCAUACCGUCAGAGGUCCCCUAAAGGUGACUGUGUAAACAGAGCGAUGUCCCCAUUAAGUAAGCAUUGCCAGAAAACACACACAUACUGGUUAUCAUUUAGAAUGGGGACCAAGUGUUUGUUCGUGACUUGUGGGGACCACCCUUUCUACAGGCUGUGGAGGCGUACAAAAAUGAGUUGAAAUGGCCACUGCCCAGUUAGCUCAUACACAUCUUUAAAUCUCUAGAUUGAUGAAGUAAUGUGCUGAUCAGUCUUACUGGGGAUCCAGGGGGGAAAAGAGUUAAUAUGGUUCAUGGGGACCAAAUUUAAAUCCUGUUGCAUACUUCACACAAAUGUGUACGUGACUACUGAGGACCAUUAAAAAGUUGAAAUGUCUCACACUCAAACUAACCAGCAAAUGGGAAAAAAAAACGUAAAAAUCACUUGGGGCAUCUUCAGAAUGGAUCUGACUAUCAUUUAAAAAGGUUUCCCUUUAGGAGACUUGUUUUUUUGGUCCCCAUACCAUCAGAGGUCCCCUAAAGGUGACUGUGUAAACAGAGCGAUGUCCCCAUUAAGUAAGCAUUGCCAGAAAACACACACACACACACACAUAUACUGGUUAUCAUUUAGAAUGGGGACCAAGUGUUUGUUCGUGACUUGUGGGGACCACCCUUUCUACAGGUUGUGGAGGGAUACAAAAAUGAGUUGAAAUGGCCACUGCCCAGUUAGCUCAUACACGUCUUUAAAUCUCUGGAUUGGUGAAGUAAUAUGCCGAUCAGUCUUAGUGGGGGCCCUGGGGGAAUAUAGUUAAUAGGGUUCAUGGGGACCAAAUUUAAAUCCUGUUGCAUACUUCACACAAAUGUGUACGUGACUACUGAGGACCAAUAAAAAAGUUUAAAUGUCUCACACUCAAACUAACCAGCAAAUGGGAAAAAAAACCCCGUAAAAAUCACUUGGGGCAUCUUCAGAAUGGAUCUGACCAUCAUUUAAAAAGGUUGCCCUUUAGUGGACCUGUUUUUGUUGUCCCCAUACUGUCAGAAAUCCCCUAAAGGUGACUGUGUAAACAGAGCGAUGUCCCCAUUAAGUAAGCAUUGCCAGAAAACACACACACACAUAUUGGUUAUCAUUUAGAAUGGGGACCAAGUGUUUGUUCAUGACUUGUGGGGACCGCCCUUUCUACAGGUUGGUGUUUGUUUGUGACUUGUGGGGACCACCCUUUCUACAGGUUGUGGAGGCAUACAAAAAUGAGUUGAAAUGGCCACUGCCCAGUUAGCUCAUACACAUCUUUAAAUCUCUGGAUUGAUGAAGUAAUGUGCUGAUCAGUCUUACUGGGGACCCUGGGGGGGAACAGAGUUAAUAUGGUUCAUGGGGACCAAAUUUAAAUCCUCUUGCAUACUUCACACAAAUGUGUACGUGACUACUGAGGACCAUUAAAAAGUUGAAAUGUCUCACACUCAAACUAACCAGCAAAUGGGAAAAAAAACAUAAAAAUCACUUGGGGCAUCUUCAGAAUGGAUCUGACUAUCAUUUAAAAAGGUUACCCUUUAGGAGACUUGUUUUUUGGUCCACAUACCAUCAGAAGUCCACUAAAGGUGACUGUGUAAACAGAGCAAUGUCCCCAUUAAGUAAGCAUUGCCAGAAAACACACACACAUACUGGUUAUCAUUUAGAAUGGGGACCAAGUGUUUGUUCGUGACUUGUGGGGACCACCCUUUCUACAGGUUGUGGAGGCAUAAAAAAAUAGGUAAAAUGGCCACUGCCCAGUUAGCUCAUACACGUCUUUAAAUCUCUGGAUUGAUGAAGUAAUGUGCUGAUCAGUCUUACUGGGGACCCUGGGGGGGAAAAGAGUUAAUAUGGUUCCAUCCAUCCAUCCAUCCAUCCAUCUUCUUCCGCUUAUCCGAGGUCGGGUCGCGGGGGCAGCAGCCUAAGCAGGGAAGCCCAGACUUCCCUCUCCCCAGCCAGUUCCCCCGGGAAGAGCUAGACGGUUCAUGGGGACCAAAUUUAAAUCCUGUUGCAUACUUCACACAAAUGUGUACGUGACUACUGAGGACCAUUAAAAAGUUGAAAUGUCUCACACUCAAACUAACCAGCAAAUGGGAAAAAAAAACGUAAAAAUCACUUGGGGCAUCUUCAGAAUGGAUCUGACUAUCAUUUAAAAAGGUUUCCCUUUAGGAGACUUGUUUUUUUGGUCGCCAUACCGUCAGAGGUCCACUAAAGGUGACUGUGUAAACAGAGCGAUGUCCCCAUUAAGUAAGCGUUGCCAGAAAACACACUUACACACACAUACUGGUUAUCAUUUAGAAUGGGGACCAAGUGUUUGUUCGUGACUUGUGGGGACCACCCUUUCUACAGGUUGUGGAGGCAUACAAAAAUGAGUUGAAAUGGCCACUGCACAGUUAGCUCAUACACGUCUUUAAAUCUCUGGAUUGACGAAGUAAUGUGCUGAUCAGACUUACUGGGGACCCUGGGGGGAAAAGAGUUAAUAUGGUUCAUGGGGUCCAAAUUUAAAUCCUGUUGCAUACUUCACACAAAUGUGUACGUGACUACUGAGGACCAUUAAAAAGUUGAAAUGUCUCACACUCAAACUAACCAGCAAAUGGGGAAAAAAACGUAAAGAAACUUGGGCAUCUUCAGAAUGGAUCUGACUAUCAUUUAAAAAGGUUACCCUUUAGGAGACUUGUUUUUUGGUCCCCAUACUGUCAGAUGUCCCCUAAGGGUGACUGUGUAAACAGAGCGAUGUCCCCAUUAAGUAAGCAUUGCCAAAAAACACACACAUACUGGUUAUCAUUUAGAAUGGGGACCAAGUGUUUGUUCGUGACUUGUGGGGACCACCCUUUCUACAGGUUGUGGAGGCAUACAAAAAUGAGUUGAAAUGGCCACUGCCCAGUUAGCUCAUACACAUCUUUAAAUCUCUAGAUUGAUGAAGUAAUGUGCUGAUCAGUCUUACUGGGGACCCUGGGGGAAAAGAGUUAAUAUGGUUCAUGGGGACCAAAUUUAAAUCAUGUUGCAUACUUCACACAAAUGUGUACGUGACUACUGAGGACCAAUAAAAAGUUGAAAUGUCUCACACUCAAACUAACCAGCAAAUGGGAAAAAAAACGUAAAAAAAACUUGGGCAUCUUCAGAAUGGAUCUGACUAUCAUUUAAAAAGGUUUCCCUUUAGGAGACUUGUUUUUUUGUCCCCAUACCGUCAGAGGUCCCCUAAAGGUGACUGUGUAAACAGAGCGAUGUCCCCAUUAAGUAAGCGUUGCCAGAAAACACACUUACACACACACAUACUGGUUAUCAUUUAGAAUGGGGACCAAGUGUUUGUUCGUGACUUGUAGGGACCACCCUUUCUACAGGUUGUGGAGGCAUACAAAAAUGAGUUGAAAUGGCCACUGCACAGUUAGCUCAUACACAUCUUUAAAUCUCUGGAUUGAUGAAGUAAUGUGCUGAUCAGUCUUACUGGGGACCCUGGGGGGAAAAUAGUUAAUAUGGUUCAUGGGGACCAAAUUUAAAUCAUGUUGCAUACUUCACACAAAUGUGUACGUGACUACUGAGGACCAUUAAAAAGUUGAAAUGUCUCACACUCAAACUAACCAGCAAAUGGAAAAAAAAGAAGCUUAAAAACCACUUCGGCAUCUUCAGAAUGGAUCUGACUAUAAUUUAAAAAGGUUUCCCUCUAGGAGACUUGUUUUUUGGUCCCCAUACCGUCAGAGGUCCCCUAAAGGUGACUGUGUAAACAGAGCGAUGUCCCCAUUAAGUAAGCGUUGCCAGAAAACACACUUACACACACACAUACUGGUUAUCAUUUAGAAUGGGGACCAAGUGUUUGUUCGUGACUUGUGGGGACCACCCUUUCUACAGGUUGUGGAGGCAUACAAAAAUGAGUUGAAAUGGCCACUGCCCAGUUAGCUCAUACACAUCUUUAAAUCUCUAGAUUGAUGAAGUAAUGUGCUGAUCAGUCUUACUGGGGACCCUGGGGGAAAAGAGUUAAUAUGGUUCAUGGGGACCAAAUUUAAAUCAUGUUGCAUACUUCACACAAAUGUGUACGUGACUACUGAGGACCAAUAAAAAGUUGAAAUGUCUCACACUCAAACUAACCAGCAAAUGGGAAAAAAAACGUAAAAAAAACUUGGGCAUCUUCAGAAUGGAUCUGACUAUCAUUUAAAAAGGUUUCCCUUUAGGAGACUUGUUUUUUUGUCCCCAUACCGUCAGAGGUCCCCUAAAGGUGACUGUGUAAACAGAGCGAUGUCCCCAUUAAGUAAGCGUUGCCAGAAAACACACUUACACACACACAUACUGGUUAUCAUUUAGAAUGGGGACCAAGUGUUUGUUCGUGACUUGUGGGGACCACCCUUUCUACAGGUUGUGGAGGCAUACAAAAAUGAGUUGAAAUGGCCACUGCCCAGUUAGCUCAUACACAUCUUUAAAUCUCUAGAUUGAUGAAGUAAUGUGCUGAUCAGUCUUACUGGGGACCCUGGGGGAAAAGAGUUAAUAUGGUUCAUGGGGACCAAAUUUAAAUCAUGUUGCAUACUUCACACAAAUGUGUACGUGACUACUGAGGACCAAUAAAAAGUUGAAAUGUCUCACACUCAAACUAACCAGCAAAUGGGAAAAAAAACGUAAAAAAAACUUGGGCAUCUUCAGAAUGGAUCUGACUAUCAUUUAAAAAGGUUUCCCUUUAGGAGACUUGUUUUUUUGUCCCCAUACCGUCAGAGGUCCCCUAAAGGUGACUGUGUAAACAGAGCGAUGUCCCCAUUAAGUAAGCGUUGCCAGAAAACACACUUACACACACACAUACUGGUUAUCAUUUAGAAUGGGGACCAAGUGUUUGUUCGUGACUUGUAGGGACCACCCUUUCUACAGGUUGUGGAGGCAUACAAAAAUGAGUUGAAAUGGCCACUGCCCAGUUAGCUCAUACACGUCUUUAAAUCUCUGGAUUGAUGAAGUAAUGUGCUGAUCAGUCUUACUGGGGACCCUGGGGGGGAAAAGAGUUAAUAUUGUUCAUGGGGACCAAAUUUAAAUCCUGUUGCAUACUUCACACAAAUGUGUACGUGACUACUGAGGACCAUUAAAAAGUUGAAAUGUCUCACACUCAAACUAACCAGCAAAUGGGGGAAAAAAACCGUAAAAAUCACUUGGGGCAUCUUCAGAAUGGAUCUGACUAUCAUUUAAAAAGGUUUCCCUUUAGGAGACUUGUUUUUUGGUCCCCAUACCAUCAGAGGUCCCCUAAGGGUGACUGUGUAAACAGAGCGAUGUCCCCACUAAGUAAGCAUUGCCAGAAAACACACACACACACACACACAUACUGGUUAUCAUUUAGAAUGGGGACCAAGUGUUUGUUCGUGACUUGUGGGAACCACCCUUUCUACAGGUUGUGGAGGCAUACAAAAAUUAGUUGAAAUGGCCACUGCCCAGUUAGCUCAUACACGUCUUUAAAUCUCUGGAUUGACGAAGUAAUGUGCUGAUCAGUCUUACUGGGGACCCUGGGGGGAAAGAGUUAAUAUGGUUCAUGGGGACCAAAUUUAAAUCCUGUUGCAUACUUCACACAAAUGUGUACGUGACUACUGAGGACCAUAAAAAAGUUGAAAUGUCUCACACUCAAACUAACCAGCAAAUGGGAAAAAAAACGUAAAAAUCACUUGGGGCAUCUUCAGAAUGGAUCUGACUAUCAUUUAAAAAGGUUUCCCUUUAGGAGACUUGUUUUUUUGGUCCCCAUACCGUCAGAAAUCCCCUAAAGGUGACUGUGUAAACACAGCGAUGUCCCCAUUAAGUAAGCAUUGCCAGAAAACACACACAUACACACACAUACUGGUUAUCAUUUAGAAUGGGGACCAAGUGUUUGUUCGUGACUUGUGGGGACCACCCUUUCUACAGGUUGUGGAGGCAUACAAAAAUGAGUUGAAAUGGCCACUGCCCAGUUAGCUCAUACACGUCUUUAAAUCUCUGGAUUGAUGAAGUAAUGUGCCGAUCAGUCUUAGUGGGGGCCCUGGAGGAUUAUAGUUAAUAGGGUUCAUGGGGACCAAAUUUAAAUCCUGUUGCAUACUUCACACAAAUGUGUACGUGACUACUGAGGACCAUUAAAAAGUUGAAAUGUCUCACGCUCAAACUAACCAGCAAAUGGAAAAGAAACCCCGUAAAAAUCACUUGGGGCAUCUUCAGAAUGGAUCUGACUAUCAUUUAAAAAGGUUUCCCUUUAGGAGACUUGUUUUUUUGGUCCCCAUACCGUCAGAGGUCCACUAAAGGUGACUGUGUAAACAGAGCGAUGUCCCCAUUAAGUAAGCAUUGCCAGAACACACACACACACACACACACACACACACACACACACACACACACACACACACACACACACACACACACACACACACACACACACAGAAGCUAAAAA